AUGGGGAAGAGGCCGAGGUCGACACGGCCGCCUCCCGCGGCUGGCCUCCACAAGUCCAAGCGGGCCAGCGAGGCGGCGGCGGCGGCGAUCUCCGACUCCGACGACGACGAGAUCGACGCCUUCCACAAGCAGCGGGACGUCAUCCCCCUCGACGUCGACGACUCGAGGGACUCGGAGGAGGAUGCUUUGGUGAUGCCUAUCUACGACGUCGAGGGCGUUUCCGACGAUGAGAGCGAUGACAGCGAAGGAGGCGAGGACGGCGAUGAAAGCGAAGAUGGCAGCGAAGGAGGCGAGGACGGCGACGCGCACGCAGGUGAUGUUGAGGUAUGGGACAAGUCAUAUACUGCAAAAAUCAAGAGAGCGCAGAGGGCAGCCAAACAGGCUGCCGGGGAUGAUGGCAGCGCGGAGGAGGAUGAGGAACCGGAGGAUGAUCCAAAGAACUGGGGUACAGGGAAGAAAACAUACUAUGAUGAUCAUGAGCAAGAUGCUGAUGAUGUUGAGUUUGAUGAGCUAAGGAGGCUGCAGGCAGAGAAUAAGCUGUCAAUGAAAGAUUUCGGAUUGGAAGAUGAUGAAAGUGAUGAAGAGGAUAAUAAGCCCUCAAAGGCAUCCGGCCAUCAAGUGAAGCUUGCUGAUGAGGCAUCCCCUCUUGAAAGCUACACGAAGCUGAGGGAAGAUUUUGCUGUCCUGUCAAAAGAUGAGAAGAUGGAUGUAGUGUACAGCUCAGCUCCUGAACUGGUUGGAUUACUGGCUGAUUUGAAUGAUGCCCACGAACAGCUGAAGGCAAUAGGGCCAGUCACCAAUGAGUUGGCAGCUGGGCAAGGCAAGAAUAAGGGUAAAAUGCAGCCAUUGGAGGUGAAGCGAGCUUGUCUGUUGGCUCAUUGUCAAUCCAUUACCUUCUACCUCCUUAUGAGAGCAGAGGGACUGUCUGUGCAGGAUCAUCCUGUAAUUGCUCGGCUGGUAGAGACCAAGAACAUGGUGCAAAAGCUGGCAAAUAUAAAUCUUCCGAACCAAGAUGGGGACACUGAAGACCAUUUUAUGCCUGAUAGCAGCACCCUUGAUGAGGUGAACAAGGCAGUCUCUCUAGAGAAUGAGGGAAAAUCUAGCAAUUUACUAGAUAUGGACAAAGUAAAACAGGGUGCUGAAGUAGCCGAAUUGACAAAGAAUAAGCCUUCUAAGGGGCACCAUGAAAUUGCAAAAAGGAAGGGCAAGGAUGAGCAUAUGGGCUUGCAAAGCAUUGAAAUGUUGAAAAGAAGAGCAAUCCUUGAGGAGGGGUUGAAGCAAAAAGGGCUGUCUAAGUUGAAGCCAAAGUUGUCAAAAACCUUGGCAACCAAUAGUAGGAAAAAACUGCAGACAUUGGAUGACUUUGAUGAUGAAGUGCAGAAAAAUAGUCAAGUGGUCAAACCUACAAAGCUCCUGGUUAAUGCAGCUGGCUCAGUUAGAAACAAGUUUGUUUCUGGUGAUGAUGACAUUCCAAAGCGAGAUGAGAUUGGUGAAAGACGCCGAAAGCAUGAACUACGUGUUCUUGCUCGUAUAGGAACCAAUUCACGUGAAGAUGAUGAGUUGCCAGAAGAUGGUGGUCAUACUGAAGAGAAGCUCAGCCAAUCCAGUGAGGAAGAUGGUGAUGAUCAUGAAUCUUCAGGGUCUGAAGAUGAAUUCUACAAAGAUAUCAAGAGGCAGAGGACCGAAAAGCGCAUGGGCAAAGAACAGAGCACCCCUGCUACUGAGCUGGAGGAAGAAAGCGAAGGAGAUGGCAAGAGGAAGAUUUCGCGGCAGAUAGAGAAGAACCGAGGGCUGACACGCUCCAGAAACAAGCAACUCAAGAAUCCACGUAAGAAAUACAGGAUCAAGAGUGAUAAACAUAGUAAAAGGAGGCAAGGUCAAGUCCGCAGCACGAAGAAGCCCUCUGGUCCCUACGGAGGUGAACUGUCUGGCAUCAAUGCAAACGUCAGCCGUAGUGUUAGGUUCAAGAGUUGA